AUGGAUAAUUAUUUCACUAUAAUCAGUUUGCUUGGUUUGAGAAAUCAGAAUUUACCACCAUUCAGGUAAAAAUGCUGAUAGAUAAUCAUUUAGAGAAGCUCGUUUGAAACGUUAUAAAUCAAUAAAGAAAAUGGUGGAAUUGAUUGAAACAGCAGGAUGGACUCAACCAAAGGUACCGUUCAAUGCCUUCUGUCUCAGUUCAUAAGACCGUACUCAAUUUGAUAUGAUUGUUUAGCUGAAUGGGAAGAUGAUAUGACUUACCCUGUAAUCGAAUAUAAUAAGUUUGGAUACUAAGCAGUGGCAUUUGGUAUCAAUUUGGUAUGUAAAUUAAAUGAUGAAUAGUUCCUCUAUGCAUACAAUUACAAUGUGAUAACCCAAAACAUUAGAUUCAGAACAUUUCGAUAUCUCUUCCCAGUUGUAUAAUGCGUGAUCUUUGGCAAAAUAUAUUUCGAAUACAAAUCAGAACUCACUAAAGUGAACUUGUUUGAUGAGUAUGUUCAAUUGAGAGCAUAGGAAUUGGUUAAAGAAAAUGAAUUUUUAUUGGAACAUGAAGGUUGAAACUACAAAAUAUAAUGUAGACAUCAAAAGAUUUGUAUGGUGGUAUGAGGAUUACAAAGAAACCUUAUGCAGAGUGCACAGACAAGCAAAUGAUCAUGCAGCCACAGAUUUCAAAGACUCAGAAUUAAUCUUACAAGAUUUCAUUCGAAGAUACUCAAACCCAAAUUCCACUAGACCACUCAACUAUUAAGAAAAGGGAGUCUUAUUUUGAAAUAACCAUUUAUCCAAA